UCACAGGCUUCGAAAAUCACCCGAAAAACGGAGCGUUUCUACGCGUUCUCGCAAAACAAUCAUUAAAAAAGACCACACAGCGCAUUGAAGCAAAAGGCGUGAGGCAUGCGUGCGCGCGCGCGACGCCGGGAAGUGUGUGUGUGCGCGCGGGGGGGGGGUGUCUCGCGCUAAAACAAUUAGCUAGCGUUAGCUUAGCGUGCUAGCCCAAAGCCAAGCUAAAUAACAGACAGCUUGCGUGGUUUUUAUUUUUAAAAGUUUCGUUGCGUUUCACGUUUCGUUUUCACUUCGCUGUUUUGUUUCGCCAACAAUUUUAUAUUUCUAGAUGGUCCGGUGCUUGGUAAUACGCGUUAGCCGGCUAUGCUAAGUCGAGUUUCCAUCUGUUAGCCUCAAGGGAAAAAAAAACCUGAGCUCGAUCCCAAACGCCCUCUCGAAAGGGUCCGGAUGAACGGGCGCGUGCGCCCUACGUAGUGCGUUACACGGCAAGCCGGAGCUUGAAUUGGAACCGAGCCGGCUAACUUCGCUAGCUUUCUCCCACUCCUCCUCUCCCUCAUGCUAACUUCUCAUCAAUAAUAACCAAACUGAGCGCUGUUCAUUUCGGUUAGAGAAUAACUGAACAUUUAUGAGAAUUUAGAUAAAAUGUCGAGGAAUAACAAUUAAAAACAUGGAUUUUAUAUCGUUUUUUUCCGCUGUGAAUUUUGGUUGCUAGCUUAGCAGGUGGUGAGGUGUUUUCAGCCUGCAAAUGCAGGAGGUUUGGAGCGUGAAAAGCUGUUAUUUCUUUUAAAUGUGUUUUAGUUCAUAAAGUGUAGAAUGUGUGGCUCCUAGGCGGGGGGGGGCAGUGAGCUCUGCAAAUCCGGUUCUCUCUCACACACACACACACACACACACACACACACACACAGGGGCCUCACACAGGUGACUGACUGUAAAACAGAAGAAAUGGGUUCCUAUUGAGGGCUAAAGUCCAUCCUUAGAGUGGUGAGUGCAGUGGAGACCAGAUGUUGAACGUGUAUGUGGUGUGGAGGGAAAAGUUCACCCCGAGACACUUCAGACGCAUUGAUACGUUCACGACGUGUUUGAAGAACUUGGUUCGGAUUUGAUGGUGCAUGUUUGGGUUACAUCCGUGAGAAGACGGCGAGGGAGGAGAUUGGAUGGUAAGAGAGAUAUGUAGAGAGAGAGAGGACGUCUGGAGGAGGGACGGCGAAGGAGGAGGACAAAGUCUAGAGGAGAUUGGAGGACGAACUCUGGAAGAGGUGCCCGUAUUCUGCCGCAGAGGAGAGCACCACAAUGAGGAGUCAGUAGGCAGCCUCCAUAGUAUGGCCGCGUCCCGUUCUUCGCGUGUCACAAGAUCAUCAGUGGGGUUAAAUGGAUUGGACGAAAGCUUUUGUGGCCGAACCCUCAGGAAUCGCAGCAUCGCACAGCCGGAGGAGACCUCUCCUCCUCCCACACCCAGAUCUCGCUUACCCUCAAAGAAACAGGACUGCCAGCAGGCCGGGACUCAGGCAGGGAAGGUAGCUGAAGGAGAGUCCGUGCCUGCAAACAGGAAACGGGGCCUGUCCGUCUCUGAGAAAGACGAGCCGGAGAGGUCGGAGCCCUCAGAAAGGGUUCGCGCUGGGGGAGGGCCAGAAGCCUCCCCUUCCCUGAAGAGGGUUAAGCGAGGCUCUCGCUCAGGGGAAUCCCAAGGAACAGAGGAGGAACCUUUACUGAAACCUGAGAGCCCUGAUCCGGCUCCAGCCAAGGGCAACGAUGAGGACUCGAAAUCGGACUUUGCUUCAAAUUCGCCCUCGGAUUCGGGCUUGGCGCUGUCUGUCAGCCUCGACAAAGAGUGCGAGGAGGAAAAGGACGAGGAUACGAAUGAGCGCGGUCCCUCUUUGCCAGCCAGCGAGUCCCACAAAGCGACCAACGGUCUGGCUGAGGUCCUUAAGCAUGACAUAGAAUCUGCAGCCUUGCCUGCAGAGCCCCGUGCCUGCCCCACUACGCUCACGAACAGUCCCUCACUGCCCAACGGCAGCCAAGUGGCAGCUUCGUCCCUGGACCCCAUUGUGCCUUGUUCAUCCCCGCUUCUUAAACAAGACGGGUCGAGCGGCUCUCAGGCCGAUAGAGAGAGGAACUGCUUAGCUGAGGAAGCUUCUGAAGCUGUUCUGGCUCUGGAACCCGAGGUCGAGGUCGAGGUCGACGUGGUCGGGGACAGUGGCCAGGUCCAGGAAGAGCACGUGGCUGAGGAGAGCACUAAUGGUGGCCUGCUCGUGGAUCUGCAGGACCAUUCAGAUGAUUGCUCCAAUAUCUCAGGGGAAACAGCAGGCCUGACGUCCCAGCUUCCCGCAGAGCCUCCUUCCUUCACAGAACCUCAAGAGCAUAGAUAUACCUUGAGGACUUCCCCUCGCCGUACUUCCUGUGUCAGCGGGCCAAGGUGCAGCUCCCCAAAGCCUGGCUCCCCCCACACGGAUAACGGAUUACUGAAGGAGGAGGUUGCGGUGGUUCCUCUUGACCUGGAUGACUCUGCUUGCCACAAAGAUCCUGACGGGCCGAGUCUAGUCAGCGAAGCCGACAGUGAACUCUUUGAACACACAGGGGCCAAGGUUGGGGACGACACCGACAUGUUGGAUGGCAGAGGUUCCAAAGCCACCAAAGAACCAUCAGUCGAGCAGGUGGAGGAGGAAGAAGCAGAAGAGGACGAUCCUGAUGUCUACUAUUUCGAGUCUGAUCACUUAGCUCUCAAACACAACAAAGACUAUCAGAGACUGCUUCAGACCAUUGGUGUGCUGGAGGCCCAGAGAACCCAGGCCAUCCUGGAUCUGGAGGCAUUGGCUCGCCACCAGAAGCAGGCCAUGGCCAACCCCGUUGCCUUCGUGGACCAGCUUCAGAAACAGGUGGAGUUGGGCUUGCCCAGUCCUCAGAGAGUCGUCCAGCUCCCCGAAAUCACAUGGGACCAAUACACCUCAGGCCGCAGUGAAUUCGAAAGGGACUUUUGUGACAAGAAGCGCAAGACCAGGCGGUUGAAGUUAAUCUUCGAUAAAGUGGGUUUACCGGCAAGACCAAAAAGUCCGGCCGAUUCCAAGAAGGAGAGCGACGGCUCCACCCUGUACUCGUCGCUGCCGUCCAGCGACGCCCCAGAACUCACGACGCUCGGAAACAGGACGCAGAUGAUAAGAGGGCGACCGUAUCACCAGAACAAACCCGACACGUUUAACCAGCUGUGGACGGUGGAGGAGCAGAAAAAGCUGGAGCAGCUGCUUAUCAAGUUCCCGCCUGAGGAGGUGGAGUCCAAACGAUGGCAGAAGAUCGCGGAUGAAUUGGGAAACCGGACGGCCAAACAGGUCGCCAGCCGCGUGCAGAAGUAUUUCAUAAAACUGACAAAAGCGGGAAUUCCAGUCCCAGGACGAACUCCAAACCUGUGCAUUUACAACAAAAAGACCUCAAACAAGAGGCAACACCACCUGAACAAGCACCUGUACCGACCGUCCACCUUCCUCACGUCCUACGAGCCGCCCGUCUACAUGGAGGACGAGGACGAGCGCUCGAGCUUCAUCAGUGCACUCCAGGACGGCACGGCCCACGAUUCGGACGAGGACAGCGUCCCGGUGGAGCUGAGGCACCUGCCAGAGUUCAAAGAGCUACAGGAGCUGAAAAGACUCAGGAAGCAGAAGAUCCACGAGCUCCAGAGCGACAACGGACUCAUGCAGCACGCAGGCUACAAGUGUGAUAUGUGCGGCAUAGAGCCAAUCCAGGGCGUACGGUGGCACUGCCAGGACUGCCCACAGGACAACGCCGUAGACUUCUGCGCCAACUGCGCCGACUGCACGUUCAAGACGGACACGCACACGCCGAGUCACCGCCUGGAGCCGCUCCAGCAGGCCGAGAGCUUCCUGGACAGAGACUACUGCCUGCCCACGAGCGCCGCCUACAACUACCUGGACCCCAACUACUUCCCGGCCAACAGAUGACAGGAGCGAGGCAGGGCCGCUCGGACCCGGGGCCGGACCCGGAGCUUUGAAGCAAAUCCGCUUGCAGCAGGAGGACCCUGAAGCACCGCUCUGCUCGAGCUCACACGUUCACAAAAACGGGGAGCAUCCCGGAUUCGUCUCCACUCCACUUUAAUCGUCACCCAGCUGCUGUCAGGCCGUCGUGUGUGUGUGUGUGUGUGUGUGUGUGUGUGUGUGUGUGUGUGUGGGUGGCGAUGAAAAGGGACUCGGUGCUGCCUUUCCAUUCACGCCAGGUUUUUAACCGGGAGGAUUUGCUAACGAAUCAGACGUUCUUAAUUUACAGACUCUGAACACACACUUUUACUAGAAGCUGCUUUUUGUUUUUUUUUUUUUUUUUUUU